UAGUAGUACUAUUGAAAAGCGCAUUAGUUAAAUCGUUAGUAAGGUUGAUGCACCUAAUAACAUGAGUUUUUAAUGUUGUACAUUAUAGAAGGAACAUAAAUGUCUUUUAAAUGUGUGGUUUUGUUGACUAAGGGAGCUGUCAUUAUUAUCUCGCUGCCAGCUCGGAUAGCCUAGCAUGAGUCAGAGGGGCGGUGUACAUGUACAGAUCCAUUGAACUGCACUGCAAACCAUUUUAGAUGGUCUAGAGUCAUCGAUCACUGAUCACCAGGUUCCUACCAAGUGCCAUGAUCAUAGGCUAGAUGUGAAGAAUCAUCUCUGCAGCAUAAUGUCUGCUCUGCUGAUUGUCUUCUCUGUUAUUCUGGUCCUGGCAAUUGUAUUCGUUUUACUCUUUAGAUGGUUUGUCCGCAGUUUAGCCGUACGAUUUUUCCACAAUGUCCUGCAUGCUGAGCUCAAGAUCAAAUCUGUGGGUCUCUUCUCAGUGCGAGGAAUCAGUGUUCGGUUUCAGCUUCAACACACUCUGGAAAUUGACAGGAUAUGGAUCUCUUGUAAAAUACUUAACCCGGACCUGCCGAGAUUCUUGGCAUUGUGUGUGGGUGAGGCCCGGGUCCGUUUUGACCUGCUGGAGCCUUUUAAGCUGCGGGCUUUCAAGAGCAAAGAUGAAAAUUCAAAGAGACCACUUUUCAGCCCCUCUACCCUGCACUUCCUCUCUCAGCUGCUGUCAUUUCACAUCAACUCCAUAAAUGUGAUGGUGUUGAAUCUGGCCCUGCCUGAGUCACUCUGGCACAUGACUUCAUCUGCCAUCACUUUGCUGCUGGAUCAUCAAAGUAGAAGGUUGGCAUGGGACUUUUCAGUGGGGCAGCUGAGCAGUAAAGUUCUGAAGAGCAGCAGACUGCAGGAUACAUGUCUGGCUGAGGUGUCCCUGAGUCUGGAUCUGAAUGGUGAUGUGAGUCUGCCUGAUCUGAGGCCAGGCCGACUAGGACUGUGUGUGAGAACCCUGCUGGCUGAGCUUCAUGAGGGCCUGUUUCUUAGCCAGUUAUCCAAACCUCCAGGAGCUACUCCACUUGACUGCACCCAAAAUACAGCAGAUGAGGAGGAGGACUGUUAUGUCCAAUCGGAGGCGAUUGAACGGCUUCACAAGCUGAUUCCACAGAAGGUCAACGUUGAUUUUGAAAACACUAAUGUCACACUUUCCAUGCACAGUCAGAAGAGACAUUUAAACUGGACUCUAAAGUCUCUGAAAGUUGGUUAUGAUCGUGAUAUUGAGCAGCUUCCUCUGAAGAGCUUCACUCCUGAGCUCAGUUUCCCUCAGAGCCGUCUGGAGCUUCUGCUGGAUGAUGGGCUUCUGCUGUCACAAAGUAGACAGAGAAUUAUAUGUCUCAACACUGUCAGAGCUAUACUGCAGGUGACAUCCAUUGACAUCUCAAGCAUGGUCUCUAUCAACACUUGCAUUAUCCACUAUCGUCACCAAGAGUUCUUCCAUUGGCUGGACAUGCUGUCAUGGGACCAUCUCUCCCCAAAAAAAGCAGCCCGUAGAAAAAGGCAUUUCCCUCAACUAGACGCCCCUGUGACGAUAAACUCCUCAGUGUCCAAUGUAAAUGUCUCAGUGCAGUUAAGAGAUACACCACCCUUUGCCUUGGGCUUCAUCUCAGCCAACACUGAACUGCAGCACUUGUUGGACCAUAACCCAGAAGAGGAUGGUGUAAAGAGUUUGACUGUUACUGAGAAAGCUUCUUUGUCCCUGGAUCAUUUCUGGUGGCGUGUGGGCCAAGGGUCCCAUAUCCAGCAAGCUCCUCAUCCACCUGGAAAACAUGUCUGGGGGGAGGCCCUUAUCCUGGACUCCCUCACACUGCAGGGUAGCUUCAGUAAGCCAAGGCUGGUGAACUGCAGCCCCUCUGGGAGUGUUUUAGUAGAGUCCAGUCUGAUAGGCCUGCAGCUGGAAGUGUCCGAGACCUGCACUCUGUGUCUAUCACGCCUGCUCUCUGUCCUCAGACUGGAAAAAGUAGAAAAUAUACCCAUACAUUUACCUCUGGAAAAGCCUUCAGCCUACCUGCCUCCACUCUUUAAGUUUAAGCUCAGUCUUGAGGAUGUUAACGUGUUCACACUCUCCAAUGUUGCAGGGGCUAUUGCAGCGAGAAUGGAUACAGUGGGAGCUGGAGGAUCAGAUGAGAGCUCGACUCUGUCUGUACAGGGUGUUUCACUGUCCGUGGUGAAGGCCCUCACUGAGAGUAUGGAGUCCUGCUGCCCGUCAGCCCAAACCCCCAACCCCAUCCUGACCCUUAUUGCUUUCACUGUCUCCUACCGGAUCAGCACUCAUAAUCUGGAGGUACGAAGUGAAAACGCUUUAACAAUGCAGUGGACCCCAUCGGAUCACAUGUUUUUGUAUCAACACAUCACUGAGAGCCAAAGCUAUUGGGACAUGCUGUCUGCAUCUCUGAGGCUACGACAGAAGGAUGUAAAAGAGUCUUCAGUUUCUUCCACUGGCCUGAUUGCAUGUGUAGACCUGGCAAAUACGCAACUUACUGCUCAUGUGGCUGAGAAGAACUUCAUCGUCUUUAGCGCAAAUACACUGUCCCUCUCCAAGCGUCCUGGACUGGUGCUAAUGAAGGCUCCUCACCUGGUGUUCAACUUUGAUGGCAAUGACAUCUUCACCUUUUCUGGGGCAGAGGUACAUAUGGUCGAUCAACUUGAGGAGAUGCAGCAGCACCGAAGUCGGUUCACUUUCCUCCAAACAUCUGUCAAUCGCACCUGGCUCUUUACUGCCCCCAGCCUCGCCAUUGAGUUUCCAUAUCAGUACAACUUCUCUGAUACCUUCGACAAGGCAAUUGGCGUGCAGAAAUGGCUGAAGACCCUCCACAGAGGUGCUGCCCACCUGACAGAGACCCAACGCCUGCCCCCAGACCUGCUGAUCCGUAUUAACCAAUUCUCCUUUGUGUUCUUGGACGACGUCUUUGAGAUCAAACUGCGUGACAAUUACGAGCUAAUGAAGGACGAGAGCAAGGAGAGCGCCAAACGCCUGCAGCUGCUAGACAGGAAAGUGGCCGACCUACGUAAGCAGCACGGCGAGCUGUUACCGGCACGCAAGAUCGAAGAACUGUACACCUCCCUUGAGCGCAAGCACAUCGAGAUCUACAUUCAGCGCUCCAAGCGUCUCUAUGCCAACACACCCAUGCGGAAGUCCCUGCUCACCUGGACUGUAUCAGAGCUGGAGCUGGUUGCGUUGGCGGAUCAGUCGCUGCACGGGCCCAAACAGAUCCGAGACCAGCUGAGGGAUAUCGAUGGCAUUAGCCCCUUUCCACGAGACAGUCUACAGCUGGUGGUGCAGUGGUGCCGUGCUUUUAAAUUCAAACUCAAUGCAUUUCUGGUGCGUAUACGGGACUACCCUCGGUACCUGUUUGAGAUCAGAGAGUGGGUGCUGUCAGGGCGACUGAUGGGUACCGAGCAGGAUGGGCAGCUGAGGGCCAAGCGCAAACAGAUAGUCCAGCUUGGCCAGCCGUGGGGUGAUGUGACCGUCUACAGGAAUAUACCACCACUGAAGUUCUACUACGAUGUCCACUCACACAUUUCCCUCUACACUAUUGUGUGGGGGCCUUGCUGGGAUCCUGCUUGGACUCUAAUUGGCCAGGCUGUUGAUUUACUGACAAAGCCCACUGCUGACCCUUCCCCCCUCCUGACCUGGUGGGAUAAAAGCAGACUGCUUAUGCAUGGCCGUUGGGUAAUGGACAUAGAACAGGCCAACCUGCACCAGCUUGCUACUGAGGACCCUUAUAACACUACAGAGAACCUGCACUGGGAGUGGAACAAGCUGAACUUUGACUGGAACCUUGGGCAGUUUGUCUACAGGGGUGACCUGGAUGUCAAUGUCAGGACAGCCUCAAAGUAUGAUGAUAUCUGUUUCCUGCAUCUUCCAAACCUGUGUAUGACACUGGACCUCCAAUGGCUAUGUCACGGCAAUCCACAUGACCACCAUGCUAUAAUGCUCUGUGCUGUUGAAAAUGUUGCAGAUGUCACCUCAGGACAGCCGCACGACUCUUACAGGGCCUUCCGCUCUGAAAACCUUAACCUCUCCAUCACCAUGGACCUUGACCAGCAGUGUGGCAAAGAGCCCUGUCAGCCCAGAAUCCUCCUCUACAGCAGCACACUACGCUGGAUGCAGAACUUCUGGGCCACCUGGACCAAUGUGUCCAGGCCCAUCUGCAGAGGAAAGCUCUUCCACAGCCUCAGGCCUAUUCGCAGGAAGCUCGGCCAGCACUACAAACAGAUGUCUUACACAGCUUCAUUCCCACAGCUGCAGGUCCAUUACUGGGCUUCCUUUGCUCAGCAGAGGGGCAUUCAGGUAGAGUGUAGUAAAGGUCAUGUUUUCACCAGAGGAGCACAGAGACUAAUACCACAGGCAGGUACUGUGAUGAGGCGUCUGAUAUCCGAGUGGAACGUCACUCAGAUGGUGAGUGAGCUCUCUCUGGUCACGGUACACCUCAUGGCCUCCACAUGGGACGAGACGGCUGACCACCAAAUCAAUGCUCAGGUGAAGAAGACCCACCUGCUCAGCCUGUCAUCACUUAGCUACCAGAGACAGAGCAACCGCAUAGAGGAGGAGGUAACCUCAAAAGACGAGAGCAAUGCUUCAUACACACACAAGCUGUGUUUAGUAGACCUACGGGCUUCUUGGACCACUACUAACAGGAACAUUGCCUUUGGGCUAUAUGAUGGCUAUAAGAAAGCAGCUGUGCUGAAGAAGAACCUUUCCACAGAGGCACUGAAGGGUCUACGGAUUGACCCCCAGGUGCAGAUGAAAAAGCUGAAGCGCUCCAUGUCCAGCUACUCCUCAAACAUGGCUCCGGCGACACCAGUCAUUCCCACCACCACUACCCGCCAAGAGAAGAGUCAGAAUGAAGGAACGUCCAUGCUGCAGAAGCUGAUCGAGGAGACUGAUAAGUUUGUAGUGUUCUCAGAAGAGGAUGCAGGAGUGACCGACCAGCUCUGUGGAAUUGCCGCAUGCCAGACCGAUGACGUGUACAACCGUAACUGUUUCAUAGAGCUCGUCAAUUGUCAGAUGAUGCUGCGAGGCACGGAAACUGCAGGCUGCGUGCUGGUAUCUGCUGCCAAGGCUCAACUACUGCAGUGUGAGCACCAUCCUGCUUGGUACAAUGACACACUCAAGCAGAAGACCACAUGGACAUGCCUUCUGGAUGGUAUGCAGUAUUUUGCUACAAUGGAGCAAAACCCCUCAGAACAGGAGGACUGGCAGCUAUGGCUGGAGGUGAAGAACAUUGAGGAGCACAGGCAGAGGAACCUGGACUCCGUACAAGAGCUGAUGGAGAGCGGCCAGGCUGUUGGAGGCAUGGUCAGCACUACCACAGACUGGAACCAUCCGUCCCAGGUACAAGAGACCCAGCAGGUCCAGCGUAUAAUCUCACGCUGUAGCUGUCGUAUGUACUACAUUGGUUAUAGCCACGAUAUUGACCCUGAACUUGCCACCUCCAUCAAACCUCCAGAGAUAAGUGACCAGCAUGAGAAAGAAGACUUGCUGAAGAAACAGGCUGGUGCAGUUGACACCUUCACCCUCAUCCACAAUGACCUGGAGAUUUCCACCAAUCCAGUGCAGUACUCCAUGAUCUUGGACAUAGUAAAUAACCUACUACUCCAUGUGGAGCCCAGACGAAAGGAGCACAGUGAGAGGAAACAGCGUGUGCGUUUCCAGUUGGAGAUCUCCAGUAAUCCAGAAGAACAGCGGAGCAGCAUCUUGCACCUGCAGGAGGCAGUACGUCAACAUUUGGCUCAGAUCCGCUGCUUAGAGAAACAGAUCUACUCCAAUAUAAGGACCCAGUCGGAAGAGUUGAGAGGAGAUGAGCUGUCUGACAUCAACCUGCGCCUGCAGAAUCAGCUCAACCAAGAGAAGACGGACAUGCAAAUGAAGAGCGAGGAGCUCAACAUCCUCAUCCGGUGUUUUAAAGACUUCCAGCUGCAGAGGGCAAACAAACUGGAGCUGCGGAAACCUCCAGAAGAUGUUAGCGUGGUGCGCUGUACAGAAAUCUACUUCGCCCAGGCCCGCUGGUGUCUCACUGAAGAAGAUGGACAGUUGGGUAUAGCUGAGCUUGAACUGCAGAGGUUCAUGUACAGCAAGUUGAAUAAGUCUGAUGACACAGCAGAGCAUCUCUUGGAAUUGGGCUGGUUCACCAUGAAUAACCUGCUUCCCAAUGCUGUUUACAAGGUGGUUUUGCGACCUCAGAGCCCCUGCCAAUCGGGACGCCAGCUAGCCCUCCGCAUCUUCAGCAAGGUCCGCCCCCCAGUUGGAGGGAUUUCUGUCAAAGAGCAUUUCGAGGUAAAUGUGGUUCCACUCACAAUUCAGCUAAUGUACCAGUUUUUCAAGAGGAUGAUGGGAUUUUUCUUCCCCGGAAGAAAUGUGGAAGAAGAGGAAGUUGGGGAUGAAGAAGACAAGUUCAGACUGGUCACUACAGGUGUCGUGAAACCCAGGCAGCUCUCUGAAGACUCUAUAGGAGGGCUUGGGCCUGGUAAAGGGGUCACGCAAGGGUUAAAUCGAACAUCUGGGGUCAGAAGAUCAUUUCGAAAACCACCUGAGCAUCCUGUUGAUGACAUUGACAAGAUGAAAGAGAGAGCAGCCAUGAACAACUCUUUCAUCUACAUCAAGAUUCCUCAGGUUCCCCUCUGUGUCAGCUAUAAGGGAGAGAAGAGCAGUGUAGACUGGAAGGAUCUGAACCUGGUUCUGCCCUGUUUGGAGUAUCAUAACAACACAUGGACCUGGCUGGACUUUGCUAUGGCCGUGAAGAGAGACAGUCGGAAGGCUCUGGUUGCACAGAUGAUAAAGGAGAAGUUACGGUUAAAACCAGCAUCAGGCUCAGAGUCUCGAGGUAAAAUGGCAGAAGGAAAAGCAGACAGCAGCCUCCAGCAGCAGGUGGAGGAUGAGAAGGCACGUCUAUUGAUUGGCCUCAGCACCGCAGACAAGAGCUCCAGCAAAAAGAGCAUCUUCAGUCGCCGCAAGUGAAUCUCACUUCGCCCUACCGUACCUUACCACUCUGAAUCCCAGAGUCCUAUGGAGGAAGGGGUGGACCUUGAUAAAGCAACGGACCCCUCUCCUCAUCACCAGUGGUGCCUUUACAAGUCCACGCUGGGAGUGGACGGGCCAACCAGCCCCAUAGACGAGCCAUGACUCCAGGCGCUGGUCCUGCUACGGAAGAUGCUUGUCAUUCUACUGUCUAAAUGAUUGCUGUAUGAUUAACCCUGUGUUUUUACGUGUUCUUGUGCCAUAAAUCAUUUCAAUAUAAUAAAUGCACUACAUAUUGCUUUACACCACCUUUAUCAAGUAAGAUAACAUCCUCACAUUGUUCCACAAUUCAACGGUUCACCCUCCUUGUAUCUCUGUAAUAGAUUUUGAGUGUUGUGCUGAUAGUUCUCCUGCUGGAUCGGGAGAUCCUUGAGUAUGUUGGGCAGACUCUUGCUGGCACAGUUAAAGGGCAAACUAACAGGGUUGGAACAACAUGAAAAGUAAGUAAAUGAUGACAAAAUUAUAAUUUCUUGGUGAGUAUAUACUGGACACCCAUAUCAUAGCACAAUCAGUGAUGUAAACAUUACGAAAGAUGCCUUAUCACUAAAUAAAUACUGAAUUUAUCCCUAUAGAAGCUUAACAUUUUAUUGCUCAUGGCAUCCCCUUUUAAUUGACAUAUGCUUUACUGUACUUACCUCAUUGUGUGAUACAAAACAAAGCGGACUGGAAAUCUUCUGCUUGUGAUAUUAAGCAAUUGUUUUUGUGACAUCGAUUUUCAUGGGAUGCAUCUUCAUGUUAUUUUUUUGCAGCCUCUGGUUAAUGUUUGCGAAUGUAACUGUGACCAUGAGGAGGGCGUGGCCAGGCCAUAAAGGUGCAUGCCUGGCACUGACAAGUAGAGACACACACACACUGUGUGUGUGUGUGUGUGUGUGUGUGUGUGUGUGUGUGUGUGUGUGUGUGUGUGUGUGUGUGUGUGUGUGUGUGUGUGUGUGUGUGUGUGUGUCUGUCUCUGGCUCCUCAUCUCUCUCCCUCCCUCUGAUUGUGGCAACUCAGUGCCAGGCCUGCAUCCUCACAACCUGACCACGCCCUCUUCCUCGUCACAGUUACACUAUUGGACUUUUUACACAAAGUAUUUUCUGAUAUUUUUGUAUCUGUGGUUAUCUUUGUUGUUGUAAUAACAUCUUUAGAUGCUGCUCCUUUUUGCUUUUUAGCUUCAAAGGUGAAAAAGUUUGAUUAUUUCAGCCUGAAUGUAAAAAAAAAUAAAAGAGCACUUUUUAGAUUUUUUUUUCUUUAUACUGUAUCAGGGCAAAUGUAUUAAAUGUCACCAAGCAUGUAAAUUCAUAUUUGUCAAAAUAAAACCCCUUAGACUCAUUCAUUUCACUCUUGGAUCUCCCAAGACCUCUGAGCCAGUUGAAUCACUGACAAAAAGUUUUCACAAAAUGUUCACACAAUGAAAUUAUUUAUUGUUUUAAUCAUUUUCUUGCCUCUUUGACACACUGUGUGUGUCUAUA